CGGCAGCGCUGACCAAUGGGAGCCCGGGAGGCGGUGCCGGUGGCCAAUGGAGGGGGUCGCCGUUCAGGGGGCGGGGCAGAGACGCUGCGAGGCGCGCACGGACCAGAGCGCAGCGCCGUCCGCUCUGCGCGCCGCUCCCGCAGCGCCCGCACGCAGGCAAUCAUGAGUGAUCGAAAGGCAGUGAUCAAAAAUGCGGACAUGUCAGAGGAGAUGCAGCAAGACUCGGUGGAAUGUGCAACUCAAGCCUUGGAGAAAUACAACAUCGAGAAGGACAUCGCUGCUCACAUAAAGAAGGAAUUUGACAAGAAAUACAAUCCCACGUGGCACUGCAUCGUGGGAAGGAACUUUGGCAGCUAUGUGACUCAUGAGACCAAGCACUUCAUCUACUUCUACCUCGGCCAAGUCGCUAUUCUUCUGUUCAAGUCUGGCUAGAGCCAUGGACUGUUACUGAAACUUGCACCUGGGCACAGGACUGCACACUGAUUCCCACCUUCAGCCUUCCUGGGGAAACACAUCUUGAUCUUCAGGUCUUGUAUUGUAUUGUUAAUGGUCAGGGAUUUUGCUGUAGCGGCUGGUAUUUUCAUUGUGGCUAUAUAAAAAAGCAAAAAUGUCUUCCUUGUAUUUAUUUUCUUUCAAAAGAUGGCUUCUUUGCUAAUAAAAUCGUUUAUCCCUUU